AUGUCUAGACUAGAUAGAGGGCUGGUGGAGCACAAGUUGCCAAUAAAAGAAGGAUACAUGCCAAUCAAACAAGCCAGAAGAAGAAUGUCUAUGGAGGCAGAACUGAAAGUCAAAGAAGAAGUGGAGAGGCUAGUUAAAGCAGGUUUUAUCAGACCAACCAUUUAUGCUGAUUUUCUGUCCAAUAUUGUUCCAGUACUUAAGAGCAAAACAGGGGCAGUCAGAAUAUGCGUGGCCUACAAAAAUCUAAAUAAGGCAUCUCCCAAAGACGAGUAUCCAAUGCUUAUGGCAGACAUGCUGGUAGAUGGAUCUGCUCAUAACCAAAUGCUAUCAUUCAUGGAUGACAAUGCAGGAUACAAUCAAAUAAUGGUGGCAGAAGAAGACAUCCACAAGACAGCCUUCACGUGUCUAGGGCAUAUAUGUGCUUUUGUAUACACUGUAAGAGCAUCUCCACCCACAAGGGCUAAGUCUAAGCCUUUCUCCUCCUUGUUGAGAUUGAGGCAAGAACAUACAUUUAAGUGGGAAGAACAGCAUCAACAGGCUUUUGAGGAAAUCAAACAUUACCUCUCAAAUCCACCAAUGUUGUCCCCACCAAAGAGAGGCAGACCACUCAAGUUAUAUGUUUCUGCAUCAACAGUAUCCAUAGGGCGUCUGUUAGUUCAAGAUAACAAGGAAGGGAAGGAACAAGCAUUCCAUUGGCUGAGCAGAACUCUGAUAGAGGUAGAAAGGAAAUAUUCUACAAUUGAAAGACUUUGUUUGGCUUUGUACUUUACUGCUAUAAAACUCAGGCAUUACAUGCUACCUUUCACCACCUACAUCAUUGCUAACACAAAUUUGAUCAAGUACAUGCUAACAAGGCCAAUGUUGAGAGGAAGAAUCGGUAAAUGGAUUCUGGCCCUGUCAGAAUUUGCUUUCAGAUAUGUCCCUCAAAAGUCCAUCAAAAGACAAGCUAUUGCAGAUUUCUUGGCAGAUAAUCCAGGAGAAGAAAUUGAGAAUAUGGAUUCUAUGGACAUAGCCAAUGCAGAUCUAUUGACCAGAGCUCAUAGCUGCCUCAAUAAUCCCAUUUAUUCAGUCCACCUCACACCCUGGAAGCUAUACUUUGAUGGAUCUAAAACAGACUCAGCCUCUGGGGCAGAGAUUGUUUUAGAAGAUCCACGAGGAAUCAAACGUUGUUAUUCGUUCCAGCUAAAUUUCCAGUGCACCAACAACAAGGCAGAAUACGAGGCUUUAAUCAUAGGACUAGAAAUGCUGGUGGAACUAGGAAUCCAAUCUGUCGAAAUCCUGGGAGAUUCCAUGCUUGUACUAAUACAGAUUGCUGGAGAAUACAAAUGUUUAAGCACUUCUCUAGUUGUCUAUCUAGUGGCAGCCAGAAAUCCCUUGUCAGAAUUUAGGGAAGCCACUUGGGAACAUAUUCCAAGAGAAGAAAACCUUGCAGCUAAUGAGAUGGCCCAAAUAACAACAGGAGUACAAAUGCAUGAAGACUACGUGCAGAGAAUCAUCAAGGUAGGAAAGAAAAGCCUACCAUCUGUCCUAACCAGAGGAAUGGAAAUAGAUGUCAAUGCUGCCAUAAUGAUUUAA